AUGAUCGGCUACCUAGUCUUCAUGCGAUUCAAAGGUAAAUGCUCCUCGUGCCAAGAUCUGCAAGAACAGAUCGCGAAGUGGGAGUGCGGGGAGCUGAAGCGCAUCACACCACAGAUGGUUAUGAAGCGUGAUAUGCUAAACAAGACCCCAUGGGCACACUACACUUCUUCGGAACUCGACCAGGAAACUGGAUAUCUUGGACACAAGAUGUCUCGCGCGCCGACCAUCUACCAGAUGGAAAGGGAAAGGGGGCCGUCGUUCUUCCAAAAGAUAAAAGCUCGCAUUGUCCGCGGAGGUAAGUCAUCAGCCCCUCCAGAUUUGCCGACUAACUACAAUGAUGGGCAUCGGUAUUCCGCUCGAUCCUCUGCAUAUUCGGCGUCUUCAACGUACUUUGACCCCGAAAAAGACGACAAGGAGAUGCGUAUUUUCACCGAAGUCUCUGCGCCAGACGCGUCCAGCGUUCGUGGACCUCUCCGCAAUGAGUCCGAUGAGCCAAAGCGCUACACUGCAUACGCGCCCACUGAGCAUGGCGAAGACUACUCUCUUCAGAAGGAGAUUAAUAUCGCCAAUGCGAUGGCGUGUUUGGAAUCCAGAGAGUACAAGGAUGCCAAUGCAGUCCUACAGCGUCAAUCCGCAACGGACUCUGAGAUGCGACGCGCACUGGGGUUCGUCAAUACCAAAGACCAACAGAUGAAGGUCGCACUCCACCCCAGCCUGUACUCUGAGGUCGACAAGUCACAGUAUGAGUCACCAGCUGCUAACACCACUUCGCAAGCUGAGGAGUAUCAGCCGUUCAGCUGGCGCAAGAAAGGCCGUCGACCGCCGGACCUGGGAGACUAG